CGCAAAAGGACCAUUGUUUAAGGAAGUGAACAUGUUGACAUUGUAAUGGUUGCUGAAGAAGCAUUGAAUGAAAGCAGCUUGUUGAUGUGUACUGCAGGCGGGCAGGGGUCUUCACUCACAUGUGGGGGGACAGAUGCACAUGGACUUGACGGCUCACAUUUGAGUCUUCCUAAUGUCCAAGCGUCUGAUACCUCCACAAAGACCUUACCACAGCACUUAGGUAAACCAGAGUUCCCCGACACAGGAUGGAAUCGUAUCAAAGAUCUUUUCUACAGGGGUGAGGGUCAGAUGUACUCAGAGGAGUUAAGGAACAUAGUAAAGAGUGGCAUUGCUGCAGCCAUGGUUGGGAUGGUCUACGGAGGCCUGCCAGGAGCAAGACAUGCCCGUGAGAGAUUCAUCCAGCUCAGCCAGGCUGAAAUUUACCUAAACAGAGUGGAUGCAGUGCGCUCAGCCCAUAAUGCAGCUAUUCGUGGGUUUGUGCGCUUUGGCUGGAGGUGGAGUUGGAGGGUAGCAGCUUUUGUGACCAUGUUUAACACUGUAAGUACUGGAUUGACAGUGUACAGAGACAAAAGUGCUCUGAGCCAUUUCGCUGUUGCAGGUGCUCUCACAGGAGGAGUGUUCCGGCUGAAUCUGGGACUUCGAGGGUUGCUGGCUGGUACAGCCAUAGGAGCUGUUCUGGGGCUGCCGGCUGGAGUUGUAAUCAUUGGUCUGCAGAAGCUGGGGGGCGAGACCAUGCAUGACAAGAGACAACGGCAAAGACGAGAGCUACAUGAGCUGAGAGUCGCAGAAUGGAAUGCUCGUCUCAAGCUUACAGAUGAUCUUAUUGGAGAAAUGAAGUGUGAGAAACAUCAGGACACCGAUGAUGACGUUCAACGAAUAGAGAAGCUGCUCAAUCAAGCUAGGAAUGAGAAAGUAGUGGUAAGUUGUUCGCUGGCAUGGAAGCUUCAAAACUCCUCGUGCGAAGACCGAUGAGGUAAAGACGUGUGUGAUUCAACUGCGCAAUGACAAGAACAACAAACUGGUUUCAGGAGUGGCCAUUCAAUGGAGACUGCGCUAUUGUCAGUCACAGAGGCCUUGUGGAUUGCAAAAGCUGAUUUCAAAUCAUUAAUUCUUAUUCUGCUGGAUCUGUCUGCUGCAUUUCACACUUUUCAAAAGAGAACCUCUCUUUAUCUCCUUGCACUGGCUUCCGGUUGUGGGUCACAUCAAUUUCAGCAACCCUCUACUUCCACUCACUACUAUGAACCUACAUCCCCUCCAGAAGUCUGAGAUCCGCUAGUGAGCGAUGCCUUGUGGUACCAUCACAGAGAGGCUCAAAAUCUCUUUCCAGAACAUUCUCCUUCACCAUUCCUGGCUGGUGGAAUGAUCUUCCCAACCCUAUCCGGAAAGCUGGAUUCCUGACUAAUUUACCGCUGAAAACUCUCUUUCAACACUACUUGACUUCAUCCUAACUUAAAGAAGAAAAAAAUAAUUUGUCUUUCUCUUUAUUUUUGCCCUUUCUAGAUUGUACUUAUUUGAACAAUGCCUGAAA